AUGGCUGGUGAAGACAAGAGGCCAAAUUACCAAAAACUGACUCUCGAGUCAUUUACUGCUUUUGUUGAUACUUGUAGAUUAGGUCCAAGUAUAUUUUGUGUUUAUUAUGUGGAGAGUGAAGAUAAUUGCAACCUGUAUUUUCGUAGUCCAGCUGUGUCUAUCAAUCCAGAUAAUUUAAGGAUGUCUUUUGAUUCAGAAGAUGAACCUGGAGCUACAAAUUUAUUGAAAGUGGCGCAACCUGUAAUUGAGGAUUGUUCACAAGCUUCCAUUACCAUAAAAACCUUUUAUGGUCAGAACAACAACAACAGGAAGGUUCCAUUUUAUUUGAGAUAUUCUCAGGGUUGUAACAAACAAUCCCCUUUAAAAGAGUUUCAAAACAUUUGUCAGCUAGAACAAGACACUGAUGCAACACACCUUGAAUCAAUUCAGAAAAAUGAGUGUCAAAAGCCUGUUUCAUGCAAACGACCCUGCUAUUACCAAGAACCUGAAGAGAGAAAGAAAUAUGUGGCAGCCUUAAAAUCAUUUUCUCUUGUUAAGAAAACUGUUGAAAAUAUUGGAACUCUGACAUCUCAGACAUCUAUUCCAGUGUCUCAUUCAAUGUCCAUAUCUACAAAAAGUGCAGAAGAACGUAAAUUUUUUAAGAAUCGAGGUGUUUCUGAAUCAAGUACUAGUGAAGGCAAUACUGUUACUGGAACAGCAGUCAUUAAGCGAGGAUUUAAUUUAAGUUUUGUUCCUCGUCGUCUGAGCUCCAGCUUUGACAAAAAAGUUAAGAAUCACAGGAAAGGUCUAUAUCUACAAAGGAAAAAACGACAUUACAGCAAAAAUAACACAGUAAUAGAAAAACCAUUGUCUCCUUUGUCCAAAGUAUUUCCUGAACUUUAUUUAGACUCACUGUCUUCCACUACAUCUACUUCAGAAACUGAGCUUACCACAAUAUCACAAGUGGAAGAUCCUGUCAGUUGUAAAACCUCUGAAGUUGGGAAUGAGAACACCUAUUGGAGUAUGUUGGUCACCCCUGUUAAAAAUAGCAGUGAUAUAUCGACUUCCUCUCCUUGUCUUUCUACUUUGUCUGAUUCAGAAUCAAUGCAGAGCCAGAAACUUUUCUCAAUAUUUUCAUACAGUAGGCAAAAAGUGCAAAGUCAGUCAUGUCUUGUGCCACCAUCAGAGUCCAAUAUUUUGAUGCCUAGAUUCAUUAAAGACAGUGAGGAUCUUCGUCAAAUGACAUUGGAUGCAGGUCAAAAGAAAUUUGGUGCAAUUCAGUGUCUUCAGUGUGGAAUGGUGUAUACACAAGCUGAUCCCUUAGAUGAGACGACUCAUGCUAAAUUCCAUCAUUCUGUACUAUCUACACUUAAGUUUCCUGGUUGGAAAAAAGAGAGAAUUGUUCAAGAAUACCCAGAAUUGGGCAGUCGCAUUAUUAUGGUUAUGCCUGAUGAUCAAAAAUAUGCUCUUCGGAAGGUGGAAGAAAUUAAUAGAAUGAUGAGCCAGGAACUUGGUUUCCCUGAUUCUACACUGUCUUUCUGUCACAAUUACAAAGUUUUUCUGUACAUUUCUGAGGAAAAACGUGUUGAUGGUUGUUGUAUUGCUGAAUCAAUUACAAAGGGUUAUCGUGUGAUUCCCUGUAAUUCAACAGCUGUGUGUGUUGGACGACGUCCCUGGUGUUGUCAAGCUGAACCUGAGCCUGCAGCUAUAGGAAUUAGCAAGAUCUGGGUUUAUGGCCCAAGUAGGAGGAAGGGUGUAGCCAGCAAAAUGCUUGAUUGUGUUCGAUAUUGGUUUGAAUAUGGUGUUCCUGUUGAACAAAGCAAAUUAGCUUUCUCUGACCCCACUCCUGAUGGAAUGCAGAUGGCUAGAAAGUAUACAGGGACCCCGGCUUUUUUGGUUUAUAAAUGUCAACUACAAUAG